AUGACGAUUCUAUUUUCUCCUUCCUGCUGCUCCCUCGUCGGCAACAGCCGCGUGGAUAUCCUGCUGAACAACGUGGGAAUCGGGGGAGCGCCGGGGACAGCGGUGGAGGUAGAUAUGGCGGCGUGGGCGCAGAGUCUAGAGGUGAAGGUGUCAAGAGCCCCGGGGCAGCAGUAUCAACAUGGGCAUUAUAGAUAUACACCCAUGAUAUACAGGGAUAGUAUGAGUGAAGAGGUCCGCGAUGCCCGCUGCAAGAGAAGUCUUCUGGGGACGGAGGGCAAUGGAUGGGACUGUGCGGUGGCAGUCGUCUUUCUGGCUUGUCCUCAUGCGCGGUGGAUUAUGGGGGACGACCGCUGCUGUUAA